AUGUGCCUCACUCAGCAAUCAGAAAGGACAUACAAGAGGCGGGAUUGCAAGAAUGGGCAUAAAUUCGGCACUUCGUACCUAAUCCUUGGCAAUCAAAAGAGUUAUGGAAGGCAGGAUUACGCAUCUGGGUCACCAACUCGGCACUUCGUGCCUCAUCUGGCAAUCAAAAAGAUUAUAAAACGUGGGAUUGCACAUCUGGGUCACCAACUCAGCACUUCGUGCCUCAUCCUUGGCAAUCAAAAGGGUCAUGAAAGGUGGGAUUGCGCAUCUGGGCUACCAAUUCAGCACUUCAUGCCUCAACCUGGCAAUCAAAAAGUGAGUGAAUGGAUUGCAAAACAUCUUCGGCAAAUAAAUGGAUUGCAAAUUCAGCACUUUGUAUGUGCCUCAUCCGACAAUCAAGAAAUGGCAAAGCAACUAUGUGAGGGUGUUCCGGCACCAGAACAGUAUCACGUGACCAUGGCGCAGUAG